AAGCAGGCGGGGCGCGUGCGCACGGGCGGCCCCGUAAACGCCGGAUGCGCCUGGCACGCUGUUUCCGGGAGCGGCCGCCGCGGCGAUAUGGUGGAGGCGCUGGGCUUCGUCCCGACCCUCGGCGAGGAUGACGAGAUGCCGCUGGAGUCCGAGUCUGACUCGGGAGGCGAGGACGAGGAGGGGCCCAUUGUGCUGGGCAGAAAACAGAAAGCCUUCCAGAAGAACCGCAGUGCCGAUUUCAACCCUGACUUCGUUUUCACUGAGAAGGAGGGAAUGUAUGAUGGCAGCUGGGCAAUGGCUGAUGUCUUGAGCCAGCUCAAGAAGAAGAGAGCAGCCACUACUUUGGAUGAGAAGAUUGAGAAAGUUCGAAAGAAGAGAAAAACAGAGGAGAAAGAAGCUAAGUCAGGGAAAUCAGGGGAGAAAGAAGCUAAGGAGGGCUCUGAGCCAGAGGAGCAGGAAGACCUUGAAGGGAAAGCUGAGGAAGCAUCAGAAAAUGAAGACUCUGAGACUGACUACUCAUCGGCUGAUGAGAACAUCCUCACCAAAGCAGAUACCCUCAAAGUAAAGGAGCGGAAGAAGAAGAAAGGACAGGAAGCAGGAGGAUUCUUUGAAGAUGCAUCUCAGUAUGAUGAGAGUCUCUCAUUCUCGGACAUGAACCUUUCCCGCCCACUUCUGAAGGCCAUUACUGCCAUGGGCUUCAAGCAGCCCACCCCCAUCCAGAAAGCAUGCAUCCCUGUGGGUCUGCUGGGGAAGGACAUCUGUGCCUGCGCAGCCACCGGGACAGGUAAAACUGCAGCCUUUGCCCUGCCCGUCUUGGAGCGUCUGAUCUACAAACCCCGCCAGGCCCCCGUCACGCGCGUGCUGGUGCUGGUUCCCACUCGGGAACUCGGCAUCCAGGUACACUCUGUCACCAAGCAACUCGCCCAGUUCUGCAACAUCACCACCUGCCUGGCUGUGGGUGGUCUGGACGUGAAGUCUCAGGAAGCAGCUCUCCGGGCCGCGCCCGACAUCCUCAUCGCCACCCCCGGCCGGCUGAUUGAUCACCUUCACAACUGUCCGUCCUUCCACCUGAGCAGCAUCGAGGUUCUCAUCCUGGACGAGGCUGACAGGAUGCUGGACGAGUACUUUGAGGAGCAGAUGAAGGAGAUCAUCCGAAUGUGUUCCCACCACCGCCAGACCAUGCUCUUCUCAGCUACCAUGACAGAUGAGGUGAAAGACCUGGCGUCGGUCUCCUUGAAGAAUCCCGUCAAGAUAUUCGUGAAUAGCAACACGGAUGUGGCCCCUUUCCUGCGGCAGGAGUUCAUCCGCAUCCGACCCAAUCGGGAAGGGGACCGGGAAGCCAUCGUGGCAGCUCUGCUAACAAGAACCUUCACAGACCACGUGAUGCUCUUCACCCAGACCAAGAAGCAGGCCCACCGCAUGCACAUCGUCCUCGGCCUCAUGGGGCUGCAGGUGGGCGAGCUCCAUGGCAACCUGUCUCAGACUCAGCGGCUAGAGGCCCUCAGGCGUUUUAAGGAUGAGCAGAUCGACAUCCUAGUGGCCACCGAUGUAGCAGCCCGUGGUCUUGACAUCGAGGGAGUCAAAACGGUCAUCAACUUCACAAUGCCCAACACCAUCAAGCAUUACGUUCACCGAGUGGGUCGAACAGCGCGUGCUGGCAGGGCCGGGCGCUCGGUCUCUCUGGUAGGAGAAGAGGAGCGGAAGAUGUUGAAGGAGAUCGUGAAGGCCGCCAAGGCCCCCGUGAAGGCCCGGAUACUCCCCCAAGAUGUUAUCCUCAAGUUUCGGAACAAGAUUGAGAACAUGGAGAAAGAUGUGUAUUCUGUCCUGCAGCUUGAGGCCGAGGAGAAGGAGAUGCAGCAGUCAGAGGCUCAGAUCAACACGGCCAAGCGGCUCCUGGAGAAGGGGAAGGAGACAGCAAACCAAGAACCUGAGAGGAGUUGGUUUCAGACUAAAGAAGAGAGAAAGAAGGAAAAAAUUGCCAAAGCUCUGCAGGAGUUUGACUUGGCCUUAAGAGGAAAGAAGAAGAGGAAGAAGUUUAUGAAGGAUGCCAAGAAAAAGGGCGAGAUGACUGCAGAGGAAAGGUCCCAGUUUGAAAUUCUUAAGGCACAGAUGUUUGCUGAGCGGUUGGCCAAGAGGAAUCGCAGAGCCAAGCGGGCACGUGCAAUGCCUGAGGAGGAGCCGACGAGAGGUCCUGCCAAGAAGCAAAAGCCGGGGAAGAAAUCCGUGUUUGAUGAGGAACUCACCAACACGAGCAAGAAGGCUCUUAAACAGUAUCGGGCUGGUCCGUCCUUUGAAGAGAGGAAGAAGCAGGGCUUGCCUCACCAGAGACGAGGAGGAAACUUCAAGUCUAAAUCCAGGUACAAGAGGAGGAAGUAGCUGUGAUUCACCUGAACUUCAUUGGCAGUUCAUAGAUUCCUUCCCUCUGGGGAGCCAUCCUGUUGCAGUCUUUUCUCCUUUCGUAAAAAGUAUUCUUUAAAAUGUUGUCAUUAAAAGAUUUCGUUUUUUUUUUAA